AUGAGCAACAAGAGACCUCCUCCACUCCCUUCCCAACUAUCAAGAGACUCUCCUAGUGGUAGUAGUGGAGAGGAAGAUGAUGAAGAGAUACCCAGAUCUUCAGUUGGUUUGCCAUGGGCGAAAGCAACAACUGAGACCACUUCGGUUGUCCCAAAAGCAAACGUUCCUCGCAGAAUUGAUCAGUCGCAAUCGCAACCAUCAACGGCCACCCCACAGCCACCAGCAACAGUCAAGACUUGCCGUGAGAUCCUCGCCAGUUGCAAGCAAGACCAGAAGAAGGCUCUCAUGAUGUGCAUGUGCCUUGGGCUCUUAACUGAAGAUGGAACUCGUUGGCUUGCUGAUCUGACAGAAGAGCCUUAUUGCAAGUUGUCGGCUUCGAAACUGUCCAAGUUGGCUCGGACCAAGCCAAUGAUGUCUGAAGAAGUUAUCAGAAGAGCCCAUGAACGCAAGGUUGUCAAGUGUUUCCCUCGUCCCAAGAAUUGGAGGAACGAAACUCUGUACGGCCAUCUCAAAGCAAAUCCAUCACCAGCGAAACUGACAUUGCAUUCCUUCGUGCACAAGAGAAUGCAUUUUUCCAUGCUUGAAUCAGCGCAACAAGAAGCGGCAGAGGCGAAGCAGAGUUCGUAUCGAUGGACUGAUGCCGAUCCAAGACCAUUCUAUCGAAUGUACUUGGCUGCCGAAGAUGAUCAAGUCAAGGCCGCACUGGUUGAAGAUGGCAAGUGUUUGUCAAAGGCAAAGCUGGAUGGUAGAAACAGUGAGGAUCUGCCGAUUACUUUCUUCGCGGCUCUGGCUGAGAAAUGGAACAGUGACUGGGUAGCUUCGACACCAAUCCUACCAACCCUCCACGGUGACUUUGAAAAGGAAAUUUCGAUUGGUCCAGAGGAUGUGCAACAGCCAGUGACAACGGAGUACAUCACCAAGAAAUGGAAGAAUGACAAGAUGCUACUAGCCAGAUUGGUCAGUCGCUACGAAGGAUCUGGUCACGGCUUCGGAAUGAUCGAUGGUCGCACAACCUUUGGCCAUAUGACCGAAGAGGCACUUCAAGCUGAUGAUAGAAAGGAUUAUCUAUGGGAACAGUUCUCUGAGAAGCCACGGCAUCUGCUUCUGUGGCAUCUUUCUGAUCAAUUCGCCAAAGAAGUCGAGGAGAAGAAGAAGAAGGCAAAGAGAAAGAAGACGUCUGAUGACAGCAGCAGUGACAGUGACCAAGAUGGAGCCUUUAAGUUUCGUGCUUCCCUUGCUGAUUCGCAACAGGAACAAGCGUAUCAGUCAGCGAUGGAGAACCUACAGAAUGCUACCACUCGCUUGACUCAUGACAGAUUGGAUCUCAUGCGUCAUCGCCGACACAAUCCUGAUGAUGAUGAGAGCGAACUCCUUCUUGCUGACCAAGUGCGACUUCAAGAGGAGAUUGUUAACAAGUUGAAAUCAAGAGUCGAGUCAAUGGAGAAGAAGAAAGCAUCUGACUAG